AUGGGUUCUACGAGCCUCAACCUCAUCUGGGCGGUGGUCGUUGGUAGCGUAUCGUUGGGAGCACUUUUUGGAGCACUAUUGGUCAGGGUCCUCUCUGAAACCUGCGGCCGUCGAAAUGCCCUGAUCGUCAAUGGUAUCUUCAACGUGAUCGGCGCGCUCUGCGAGCUGUUCGCCAGAUCCGCAAAAUCUCCUGAACUUCUCAUCGCCGGUCGUUUUAUCCUCGGAGCGAAUAUGGGCCUCACCUCCGGUGUUGUCCCGAUGUACCUGAUGGAACUGACGCCGGCUAGGUAUCGUGGGGCUGCAGGUACACUUCAUAUGGUCGCCGUUUCAUUCGCCGACUGGUUUUCGUUGCUCAUUGGGUUGCCUGAGGUUCUCGGUGGAGCCGAUCUUUGGCCAUAUGCCUUCGCCUUACCGGGGCUUCCAGCGCUUGCUCUAUGCCUGAUUCUGCCAUUUUGCCCGGAGUCUCCGAAAUACCUUCUAAUGACAAAAGGAAAUCGCGAGGCCGCAUACAGCGCCAUUGAGCAGCUAGUUGGAAGUGACCAGGCAAAGGCUGUUUUUACUGACUUGAUCCGGGAAAGCGCUAGGGACAAGAGCCCAAAUGGCACAUUCCGCGAGCUGUUCACCAGCAAGAAGCUCCGGCUGCCCUUGACGGUUUCCUUGUUCAUCAUGUUCGCCCAGCAGUUCACCGGAUGUACGGCUGUCUUCGCUUAUUCUACCGACAUGUUCAUGAACGCCAAUCUGGACCCGCAAACCGCUCGCUUCUCUACCCUAGCCAUCGGCAUCGUCUACUUCCUCUUUGCCUGCUCGGCUCCAAUUCUGAUCGAUCGAGUCGGAAGGCGGCCACUUUCCUUGUUCCAGCUGGUCGCCUGCUUAUUCUCGUUGAGCCUACUCUGCUUAUUUACCGGAAUUCAACAGUAUGCUGAGGCAGCUUGGGCCAGUUAUGGAACGAUUGGGGCGCUGAUUCUGUACAUGUGCGUUUAUGGGGUCGGCUCGCCAAUUCCGUGGAUGAUUACUGGCGAGCUGUUCAAUCAGCAGUUCCGCUCGACUGCCGUCACCGUGUCGGUGUUCUUCGCCUAUUCGAUGGCCUUCAUCAUCUCAUCGGCGUAUUUACCCUUCCAACAGCUUGUCGGCGUCACGUUCAGCUACUUACCCUUCAUCAUCGUCAGUAUCGUCUCGAUUUUCGUUUUAUACUUCAUUUUACCGGAAACGAAAAACCGUGACGUGAACGAUAUCGUUAAUGAGGCUCGCGCCAGGACUCACUCGGUUUCUAUUGGAUCCCCGUGGCAUGCCGUCACACAGGAAGGUCGGGAAGAGAUGCGCCGCGUCCUCGACGACAUUUCGGAGGGAUACAGUUCGAUCUCAAAU